UGUAGGGUGUUUGUGGUUGGAAACACGCUGGGUGGAGACUGACAAGAAAUCUGGCUACAAGUCGGAACGAAACUCAGAUUAAUAUUAAUAAUUACGAGCUUUUAUCUUUAUUUACCUCCGCACAACUGCAGCUCCGAUGUUUUGUAGCCCUCGCAGCUCUUCGGUUUGUAGGUAAAUACGGUCUUAAUGAUAUUUAAUGGAUGUUUUUCCUUCCCAGUCUGGGUCCUGGAGCGAGUUCACUUCGGUGCAGUUGAAGCGCCGCAGCUGCUGCUGCUGUUUUGGUUGUGUGGAUCAGUUUAAUGUGGAGUCUGAGGAGUUUUUCACUUUUUAACACUCUUUCAGCGAGUUUAGAGGUUAUACUUACUGCCCUCUUCACUCCCUGACUGCUUAAAACCCCUCAUUUCUCCUGCUGCGUUUACCUGCUCAACCUCACCCCCCAGUUUACAGAAGGCUUCCUGUACUGGAUUUGGAGAAUCCCUUCACUCAGGCACAAGCGGAAUAGUCUGGAAGACUGUCAGCAAUGUUUGGCAGGAAGAAUAAACGAGCGGCGAUGCCGAAAGGCCAAGGAGCUGCUGCAGCCAAACAGAUGGGGUUGUUCCUUGAUUUCAAGCCGGAGGAUAUGAUGGAGAUGAGCCAGGAUGUGGACGAUCCGGAUUUGGAGGCUGAAUUUGCUGCCAUCGUUGGGAAAAAACCCACUGCUGCUGCUAGAGGAAAAAAAGCUGCCAAAGCUCCGUUACCGAUGGAGGACAUUGAGAAGAUGACUGAAGCGUGCAUGAAAGAUAUUGAUGAUGAUGAUGAUGAUGACGAUAACCUGGAGGAUGAUGAAGAUCUCUUGGCUGAGCUGCAGGAAGUGGUGGGUGAGGAGGAAACAGAAGAUUCGGGGGCAGAAACCCAAACCUCGCCCUGCGAUGAAGAAACACCGAUAGCUCAGCCGGCACAGCAGGAAGUGAGGUCGUCCGCAGUAGCGGGCAGUGUCGAGCACACUCUGGAGGAGAGAAUCUCCAUGUACAGAACAGCCAUAACCAACGCCAAGACUGCAGGAGAGUCAUCUAAAGCCAGGAGAUACGAGAGGGGGCUGAAGACCCUGCAGAGCAUGCUGUCAUCCGUACGGAAAGGAGGGAAAAUAAACGAAGCGGAGAUUCCUCCUCCGGUCUCAUGCGGGGCCCCUGGCGGCCCCCCUCGACCCCCGGCUCCAGCCGCAGGUACACCAACACCUGAGCUGGAGUCACCUGAGGAGCAUGCAGAGUCAGACAGUGCUGUGGAAACCACUCCUGUUUCCAUGGAGACCGCUUCCAUUUCCAUGGAGCCAGCAACCAGCAGUGAAGAACGGCCUUCCUGCACAGUGUCGCCAGAGGAGAAGCAGGGAGGAGGCGUCCCAGAAUCACCUGCAGCCCCUGCAGAGCCUCCUCUGAGACAGCCCACCAAGGAGAUGCUGCUGGAGAGACAGAAGGAGUACAGAAUGGCUGCUCUGAAGGCAAAGCAAGCUGGAGAUAUAGAACAAGCCAAAAUGCACAUCAAGGCUAGCAAGGGUUUUGACGCAGUGAUUGAGGCGCUGGAGAAAGGACAGCCGGUCGAUCUGAGCAGCCUCCCUCCAUCACUGUCAGCAGCUGCUCCUGUAGUAAAGGAGGCGCCACCACAGCCAGCUGUAAAAGUCUCCCCAGCAUCAUCUGAUGCUCAGGCACCUGAAGCUCCUGUAAGCCAGUCUGGUCCAGUUCAGCCCAAAACGGUACUGGAAGCUUUGGAGCAGAGAAUGGCCAAAUAUAAAGAAGCCUGCGCUCAGGCCAAGGCCAGCGGGGAUGACCGCAAGGCCCGCAUGCACGACCGUAUCGCCAAGCAAUACCAGAGUGCCAUUCGCUCCCAUAAAGCAGGACGACCUGUCAACUAUGAUGAACUACCAGUGCCGCCAGGGUUUCCUCCGAUCCCAGGCCAGCAGGCAGCGGCACCUGAGCAGGGAUUCGCUGCUGUGCUGGAAGCCGCCAAUAAGCUGGCCUCAAAUGAAGCAGAUGCUGGGGACGAGGAUGAGGAAGAGGAAGGAGAGAAGAAAGAGAAAGAAACUAAGGAGACCAAGUCCCCCCCACCAGAAAGCCAGAAGAAGCCAACGAUGGUGGUGCCUCCAACAGUUCAGCACCCAAAAAGAACCCCUUCACCCUCUCCAGACAGAACAGAUAAGAGUGAGAAUCUCUCAGCUGCAGCCUCACAGCAGCUGGAGUUUCUGGAAGGCCGUAAGAAGCAGUACAUGAAGGCAGCGCUGCAGGCUAAACAGAAGAACGACAUGGAGCAGGCGAAGAUCUACCUCCGCACAGCAAAGGGCCUCGAGCCCAUGAUUGAAGCAGCGCGGAGCGGCAAAGCUGUGGACAUCAGCAAGGUGCCUUCCCCUCCUGGUGAUGAAGAUGAGGAUUUUAUUCUGGUUCAUCACAGUGAGGUUCAGAGCUCUGAGAAGGCUGAGGAAGUGUACAGCCAGCUCAGUAAAAUACUGAAGGAGCAGUAUGAGAAAUGUUUGACCUUCUCCAAGCAGUUCACUCACACAGGGAACAUUGCGGAGACCACCAAAUUUGAGAAGAUGGCUGAGAAAUGUAAGAAGAGUCUGGAGAUCCUGAAGCUGGCUCAGAACCGCGGGCUAGAACCACCAAAGCACCACUUUGAGGAGAGAACCCACCGCACUGUCAGGAUAUUUCCAGAGCUCAGCAGCACCGACAUGGUGAUCAUGAUUGUACGAGGCAUGAACCUUCCUGCUCCUCACGGUGUUGCAUCAAAUGACCUGGAUGCUUACGUGAAGUUUGACUUCCCCUACCCCAGUUCAGAUCAACCUCAGAAACACAAAACUGCAGUUAUCAAAAACACCAACAGUCCAGAGUACAACCAGAGCUUCACCUUAAACAUAAACCGUAACCAUCGCGGCUUUAGGAGGGUGGUGCAGUCCAAAGGCCUUAAACUGGAAGUCUUCCAUAAAGGUGGUUUUCUGAGGAGCGAUAAGCCUGUAGGUACGGCCCUCAUCAAACUGGAGAAGCUGGAGACGCAGAGUGAAGUGCGCGAGAUUGUGGAGGUGAUGGACGGCCGGAAGCCCACUGGUGGUCGUUUGGAGGUGAGGGUUCGUCUCAGAGAGCCGCUGAGUGGACAGGACCUCCAGACCGUUACAGAGCGCUGGCUAGUUCUGGACCAGUCAUAGGGGGUGAGGUCAUCAGCCUGGCCAUCUUCAGAAAUCUCAUGUUCUUGCAUGAAGCGACACGGAGGUGUGUUCACACGUUCACUGAAACGGGACGAAACCUCUCCGAAUGAGGCUAAACAGCUGCGGUUUGGGAAACUGGAGUUCAGUAGUGGGACUGGGGGAAACUAAAGCAUACAGCACAUGUUCUAAUUGAUUUAACUUCCACUUCUCUUCAUUUGAAAUGACCUUGAACGAAGUGUCACAGUAGUAAUGUAGGUCUAGAGAAAACUAAUUUAUUUGCUGCUCUGGGAUGCACCUAUGCACUAAUACCAAAGUGAUCACUGUUGCUGUAGUACAACUACUAAAACUGUUCUCGCGUUGAAGCACACACUGCUGCCACGUCAGACUUAAUAAUGAGUAUGUAGGACUGAUGAAUCUAUGCAUUGAAUCCCAAAAUGUUUUAUAAGACACUGCAACACUUGUUUAUACGUUAAAGCAAAAUUCACUGCACGGAUAGACACGGGUUACCCUGAAGCUCACCCUGCCCUGAGAACGCUCGUCAGAUUGUUCUGUUCGCACCAUUUAAAGCCAUAAUCUAAUGCAAACUGAAGCGGUAAGGCGUUUUAUUAAGCUUUAUUAAGCUUCAUAAGCUCUGCUUGCCUGGCCGGCCGUCACUUUGACUGGAACAGGUACUUAAACUGAUAUAAACAGAAGAGAAAUCAGUUGCUACUACCAACCCAGAAGAGCUCAGCUUCACAGUGUGCAUGGGAUUCAGUUACUGUUCUUGCACUUCAAAA